AUGCCAGACGAGGAGCCCCCCUUACCUCCCCCUUCCCCGACAACCCCGCGCUCCGGGCCUUCGCGCCUUCGACGAACUCUACACACGCUGCGCUCGCCGUUCCGCUCCGGCUCGCCCUUCCACAUUGGCUCGAUCAAGCGUACUGGUUCUACUAAGUCUUGCGCAUCAGACGGCGACAUUACGUGCGACGAACGCACGAUGCGUAAACGUAAUAAAAAACAUCGCGACACGGCCAGCGAUGCCUCUCACAGUACGAAUGGUUCGCCUAAGGCCGAUAAAAAGAAAAAAGACGGUGGAAGUCUCUUACGUAGGAUGGGUAGUUUAGGUAAAAGACGAGCAGAGUCGACACCACCUCCAUCACCAUUUAGAACAGUGGAGUCUACUACAGGAAAUCAGCUACCUUCCGAAAAAGAAGAAUCUCCUACAAAUGAUUCUUCUCCUGAAAAAGAGAACUUAACACCUUCGCAAAAUCUAUCAUUAAAGACAUCAGAGGUAACGCCGAAGUCCUCGCCUGAAUUAACACCAGAGCCUACCCCAGAACCGGCCAGUCCGAUUGCAGUAGAACAUCCAGUCGCGACACGACUUUUCACAAAAGCAGCUUGGAAAAGAAACAGUGAAACCGAGAUGGAAAAACCUGUGGAAGAACCGAGUCCUGAAAGCGCUUUGCGGCGGCGAAUUGCGUUUGUCGCACAGGCAUCCGCCUGUUUAUCUGAGGAUCACGACGACGGAGAGAGGGGUGAGGGCGAAGUGGGGUCACUGGAAGAAGCGGUGGCACUGGCCCGCGUGCGGCUCGCCGCGCCAGCGCCGCCCUCGCCGUCACAUUCACGCGACAACGACACCGAAGAGGAGGGGUGUACGGACGCGAUGCCGGCGUACGGAGACCUCAUCGGUCCGGAGAAUAAAGCUGGGAGCAUCGAAUCGCCGUCUCAUGCGUCUACCAGCGCCGAAAGACGAGAGCACCUGUACAAGAUUCUAGUAAUCGGCGAACUGGGCACUGGGAAGACGUCCAUCAUCAAGAGAUACGUGCACCAGUUCUUCAGCCAGCACUACAGAGCCACCAUAGGAGUAGACUUCGCACUCAAAGUUCUAAAUUGGGACGCUAAUACAAUAAUCCGACUGCAGUUAUGGGAUAUUGCAGGGCAAGAGCGUUUUGGAAACAUGACCCGUGUGUACUACAAGGAGGCUGUGGGGGCAUUCAUAGUAUUUGACGUGUCACGAGUGCUCACAUUCGAUGCAAUCUUCAAGUGGAAGAACGAUUUGGACUCUAAAGUACAGCUGCCUGAUGGCUCGCCAAUACCGUGCAUAUUACUGGGCAAUAAGUGCGAUCAACAAAAGGAGGGCAUAGUAAACUCACCGACAAAGAUGGACGAGUUCUGCAGGGAGAAGGGCUUCGCAGGCUGGUUCGAAACUUCGGCCAAGGAGAACAUUAAUAUAGAAGAGGCGGCGCGCUCAUUAGUUAAUAAGAUUCUUCUUAACGACAAACUACUUCAAAACAACGAUAGUAAAGACGGUGAGAGAUUCUCGCUUGAACACAAGAUAGCGAACGGCGAGAACAACCGAGAUGGCAACACCAAAUCAUGUUCCUGCUGACCAAUAUAUUACCAUAUAUUAUCCAGUAAGAGUGUUAGGGUCCACACAGUUUGACAAAAUGUAUACAGACUGGGGUCUUAAUUAUGUAACACUGUUACUAACAAUACACAUGGAAAACAGAUCGAUAUUUACAAUAUUGUAAUAUUAUUUUAUUUAUGAAUAAUAUUAAAUAGCCUCUAACUAACCCAUUUUGUAAUAACAGUCGUGAAUAUUUAUUGUUAUUAUCCAAAGGUCCCAAUUGAAAGAGUGUUACGUUUCUCUGUGAAUCGCUAUAUUUAUUUUCUGGGCAAAGUAGCUAUCAGCACUCAAGUCACUUACCCUCGGAGCGCGCUUCCAUAGUCGUAAAAAACAAUUUGUCUUCUGGGCUCCAUGACCCUAGCGUCUUUACGGCAAAUGAUAAAAACCAAUAAGAUCCUUCCAGUUUCGAAUACUUGAUUUAUAUAUUUUAAAGUUAUGCAUGGAUUUCAUAGAAUCGUUAAACUUAAGGUUUUCUAACUGUCUUAUAUCACAAUUUAGAAUUGUUACUAACAACGUUACAUAAUUAAGACCUAGGUAUCAAUCAAUAAAAGUUCCAAUAUGUAGAUAUUUAUUAAUAACAUAAUUAUAUGUAGGCAUGUGUAUAUUUAAUGACUUAUCGAUAUUUUUUUAUGUUUCUUUUAUUAUUAUCUUCACCAAAUCACAAAAACUUAUAUAAAAAUAAUAAAUAGAAAAAAAUUCUUUGGACAUAAACAAAAUAAACUUUUGAGAGUGUCUGUUUUGUCUUAUUUGUUAAGACAAUGAUCAAAUAAUAUAAAAAUGUACUGGAAUUGAAACGUGCGUUUAAAUUACAGAAAAUAAAUAUUACUUAAUUGUCGUAUACACUAUGCAAAAUUUUAUAAUCUGUAGAAUAUAUAGAGUAUGUGGUCGUAUUUUUUAUCUGUAACAUUGACUUGAUGCAAUAAUACAAUUAUAUAAUUGAAAAUGAUAUGAA